AUGUCGCAAGCUGAGGGCAGCACAUCGCAUGGCACUCGUGACAGCACGUCUCCCACAGAGAGCUGGCAGAACGACCACAAUCUUCAGCAGCCGCGGCCCCCCGGUCCAGACCCAUCCCAAGAAAGUUUUGGUCAAGCUCGGCAGCGACGAAAAAUUGCCGAACUAGAGGGGAAGAUACAGUCCCUUGAGUCCGGGAGAGCUGUGAAAGAAAGGCAGACAAAUUACUACCUGGCCCAAGGAAGAGCCUACAGGCGUGUCGUCGCUCUCUUCGAUGGAAUUGAGAAUCUCGUGUCAGAAAACGACAGAAGGUAUGAUGUCGAUGACGAUGACGAGGCUGCUACUAUCGACCAAAAUCGCCUGCAAGCAGGGUACGCCACCCUGACGAGAACCUUGCCGUGGUUUGUACAGAAGGCCGCGGACGCCGAGCAGGAUGAUUAUGUGCGCAUGUUAAAAUCGCUCAGGCAGGGGGCUGACGGCGCCCGUGGGGAUGAUACAUCCAAACUCAAGACGCUUAUUUCAGAAUGGGUUAAUCGCGAACUGAAACCAGACCCUCCUGUUGACCAUGAUGAUAAGCACUGUCGCGGAUUCAUCAACGACGCAUGUGGUAGGUUGCUCUGCCCGGCUGAGCUGGAUUGGAGCAACUUAGCCGUGAGGGCAGGGAUUCGGGACCGAUCGGAGGGCCAUGUGGUCACGGAGCUCUCCUUUCCGACAUUUUUAUAUGAUAAGUACAACGCUAAUCCGGACGAUUUGGAGGAAGGGCUCUUCAAGGGCAAAAUACUCGUGCAGGGCUACAAAGCUGUAUUUACUUCACCCUCUUCAGCAAAGGACAUCGACGGCGACGGCGACGGCGCAGAUGUCGUCAGGAACAACGCGAACGCACUCUCAGGAAUCAAAGUGAAGAAACACGUAGCACAAAUAAUCAAGAUGGAUAAAGUUACUCCGCGGUCUAUUGCUUACAUUGCCUGCCAGGUACGAUUCGCUCUUUCCUCCGUUACCUCGUGGCGGUCUGUCGACGGCGACUUCGAUUACAUUCAGUUCUGGCGAAUCAUAGUGGAUUUCUUUGAAUUCGCCCCUGGCCGAGAAGCGCAACGCAGGGUCACUAAACUCCUGGAGUGGUGGACUCGAAAAGUUUUUGGAAGGAGUCGGCGUGAGGACCUCAGCAACGCGGCAAAGGCCACCAUGUCCGUGAAUGCUCUCGCAAUGCAAAGGGCACGCCGCAAUGACGCUGCUUUCGAUUCACGCUAG